UUGCUUUCGUACAGCCAGUGCAGAACUGUUAUGAUGUGUCAAUAAGUUAAAAAGGUGGACGGCGCCAGUGAUGAGAGCCCCCUUCGGUACUUGAGCAGGAUACCGGAGGUCAUCGUCAUUGCAUGACAAAGGCUGUGACAGAUUCAUCUUCAUCACUCAUACAGCAUUUCUAUAAUUUUCUUCAGUGCAGUAGUACAAUGAAGGGUGGAGGAAGGAGCAAGGAGCCACCUGUUGCAGGGGAGGUCACUGGCAAACGCCCCAAGCGCAAAUGCCUACAGUGGCACCCACUUCUCUCCAAAAAGGCUCUUGAUUUCUCUGAGGAGGAGGAGGAAGAAGAUGAAGAGGAGCUGGUAAAGCAGGCAGGGCUGUGCAACCAGACACGGCAUUCACAGUGUGAAGUCACAACAGAGGAAGUGGAGGAGGACACAAAUGAACAGCGGGCACGCCGGCCAAUGAAUGCCUUUCUGCUCUUUUGUAAACGCCACCGCUCCCUGGUGCGGCAAGAACAUCCUCGCUUGGACAAUCGCGGGGCCACCAAAAUCCUGGCUGACUGGUGGGCUGUCCUGGAACCCAAAGAGAAACAGAAAUACACUGACAUGGCCAAGGAGUACAAGGAUGCCUUUAUGAAGGCAAACCCAGGCUACAAGUGGUGUCCCACCACCAGCAAACCAGUUAAGAGCACUUCCUGUCAGCCAGUCAGCAAUCCCCGCAAAAAAGUUUGGUCCUUUCCUUGCAACUCAUCCAAGGACUCCACUGCCAAAAAAGUGCCCAAAACGGAAAGUAUGCCACAGUUGAACUUUGCCAUGGCAGAUCCUACAAAGAUGGGGGGCCUGAGCAUGUUGCUGCUAGCUGGGGAACAUGCCCUCACAAACAGAGAGAUGUUUUCUGGGACAAUACCAAACAGAGUGCCUGACAUUUCUGAAAACAGGGUCCAGUCAGCCCUUUCACCAGUGGCUGAGUCAUCGCUGUCUGCAGCACCUGAAGGAAAGUUAUGCAGACAGUCUGCUCUCUUCCAGCUUGCCGAGAUGUGUUUAGCAUCUGAAGCUGGAAAAAUGGACACAGUUGCAUCUCAGCCAGAGGACAGCUCCUCCACAGACCCUCUCCAACAAACUGCUAUCAAGCCAGAGGUCAAGGAGGAGAGAGCAGACACUGACCUCUCCCCUGCCUCUCCUCACAAAGCAGCGCUUUUACCUUCGCUCUACUCUCUCACGUCUACCUCCACUAAUGCCAUUCUCCCACAAUUCAGCAGCCAAAAUGCACUUGUCAAAAAAAAAGGUAAGAAAAGAGACGUGGCCAAGUCAAAUGAUAAUGAUGAGAGCCGGUGUUCAUCAAAGAAAGUUAUAAAGAAGGCUAACCCUUCAGAAAGCCUGGACAGUGUAUUCAGUACAAUCGAGUCAGUGGCUAAAGGGGCCUGUUUGGACACAGAGGAAAAGUCCAAGAAGAAGGAUGACAAUUGUCUUAGUGGUGGGUUGCCCAAAAAGAAGAGUAAGCCGAAAAUCAAGAGCUUUGUCAAAGAUGAAGAGGAAAUGGAUGACAGCAGUGGGCAGAGUGGACAGCACAGCUCCCCUGAGGUAGAAAUGAAAGAAAAGUUGUCUGAUAUUGGCUCCAGGACAGAAGCUGCAAACGUGGAAAGCACUGAUUUCCAAGGACAGACAAUAGAACCCCAUAAGUCCUCUUGCAAUCAUUCACUUGUUAAUCUUGAAGAGCACGACAAAGGAAAGGAAAGGUCAAGCGAUGCAACUUGUGAGUCUAACACUGAAAAUCGUGGGUCCAGGAAAUCAGAGCGAACCUGUAAAGGCGCCUUAUAUAAAACUCUGGUCUCUGAGGGAAUGCUGACUUCACUGAGAGCCAAUAUUGACCGAGGUAAAAGAGGUAUUUUCCGUACGUCUGAUCAUGAUGCUAACUGGAGUGAUGACAGCUGGACAGUUUCACAGAUAGGACCUAAUUGUCCCAAGAAGCUCAAGAAGUCCAAGUCCAAAGACGAGUCUUCUCAGGGCCUAGGUAAACUGGAGGAGGAGUUUGAGAAGAAGUUUAACAGCCUGCCACAGUAUAGCCCGAUGACCUUUGAUAAAAAGGGCACUGCUGUUGCAAAAAAAAAGAAGUCCGACAGCACCACCAUCCAAAGAGAUGAGUCUAAGACCGGAAAAGGGCCAUCUCAGAAAAAGACUACAUUCCACAAGAUUGUUAGGACGAGAUUGCACAAACACAAAAAGGAGAAACCAGGUGCAGUGGAAAAAGCAGUGGGACAGACUGAUUCCACACUGGAUAUAGGUUCGGAAGUCAAAUUAUGUGCUCCCGUUCCCAUAAUGUGCCCAGAUGUCCAGGGCACUGCUAGCAUGGAGAUACUAGUUGGUAGCCAGAAACGAAAGGCAAGGAAGACCAAGAUCACACACUUGGUGCGCACAGCACAUGGCAGUGUGUCUCCAAGUGAGGAAGACAAAAUGAGGGACCUGAACCAGGACCAGGAUAAGAAGCCAUUACCACAACAGAAUUUAUGCAAUGAAAUGGGGUGCUAUAGUCACAGAGGAGAGGAGGCAGAAAGAAGCACCAUAUCACAAGAGCUGCCUGCCUUGUUCAGCUUGGCUGCCCUCGCUGAGGUUGCAGCCAUGGAAAAUAUUCACAGAGGUCAGCGAGGCUUGGCUGAGAGUCAGAAUAACGAACUUUCCCAGACUCCAGUUCUCAUCUCCUGCGCUGAUCAGUGAAACUCUUCUGCUGUUCUGAGAAGCCACAACACAAAGGUUUGCAUUGGAUCUCAACUUUCCUCUGUGGUAGCCCCACACUGAAAGAAGACUUGAUCGAGAAGCUUUGGACAUAUUCCACCUUCCGCUUUGUGGUAAAUUUCCUCGAAGGAGAAGGAGACCUUCUCCUCCUCCUCCUCCUCUUCCUCCACCUCCUCGUUAUCUCAGUGUUUCCCCUUAAACCUUCCUUUGGUUUGGGGGAAAGAUGCCUUUCUUAAGUCCAUACAUCCCCACCCCCACUCCCAGAUAUGCUAUUAGGGCCUUUGAAAGUAUCAAGCUAUCAACCAGUGCAUGGCUUCUCUUAUAGAGAUGGAUGUCAUGGGUUUAUUGUACAUGUUUAUCAAACAGAGGCCAUUUUAAAGUUAAGGCAUUUUAGAUGGAAAGAAAAAAGAAACUGCAUUUGUUUUAGAGACAAAUCAGCUUUCUCUCAUCUUUUAUACCUCACACAUACACCUGCUGAAGAGUUCCCUCCACCUCUGUUACAAUACCUCUGCAUUUAAAUAGCUCUUAAUCCCUUUUAGCUUCAACCCAAAAUGGCUUAAACCAGGGUAACCAACCACGAUUGGUAGACCAUCACUAACUUAGUCUUACGGUGUGCUCAAACACUGAAGAAAUCUUGGUUGAGGUUUGGAUAUGUGUUAAAAUUGUGCUGCUUUACUACAAAGGUAUGUGGUAACCGCAAAUAAAUGUGUUAUAGCCUGAAUCUGAAAAGUAGACCUGUGCAUCACUUGCAUGUAAACAAGGAGCCCUGUCUAAUUUCUAGCAGUAGAAUCACAGUGUGGCUGUGAGGCUUGUGGGGAAAAAAAACAUUUUUGUGAUGGGGAGAUUGAGGAAAAGUGCUUAAACUAUAGUCUUAACCCUCCCACCUACACCCUCUUUGCCACCAGAAAGCCCUCAAGCAGCUUCUUGCUCAGUGCAAACAUUUCUGAAAAGUGAAUGCAGUUUUUGUCAAUACUUGAUCUUAUUGCAGUUUGCGUAGCAGUUAGAAAGGUUAAUUUAUGUGCAAGUCUUACUUCAUGAAAGAGGUGUUUUGCUUGUUUAUACCAUAAAAAUAGACUAAUCAUAAGUUUAAGUUUAAAUUGCUCAUGUAACGGGGUAAUAAAAUGCAUCAUCUCCACCAGAGGCAGUGUCCUUACUUGAGUCAGUAGUAUCUUUAACACCCUCAGGACCUGGCUAAAACCAGCCACCACCAUUUCAACAUAGAUGAGAGGAGUCUCAG